GUCUUUGCCACAAAGCGACAACUGCAUCAUAACAUCCAAAGUGCUUGCUAAUUCAGCAUGAUACUCGUACCAACCCGACAGCGGCUAGCGUAUGGCCUUCAGCGGUCGGUGAUGGCGUCAGCCUCAUCAUCAUCAUCAUCGUCGUCGUCGUCUUCGUCUCGCGUCCUGCAAAGACAUUUCUCGUGCACGCCGCGCGUCAGCAACGACCGACGGGACGAUGGCCACGAUGGCGGGCUCUUCUCAAGACCAGGACCUCCCCCGCUGCCGCCAAAGGAACAGCGAGAGUUUGAGCGUCUUGUCCGCGAAAAUGCCAACAAGCUUCAAUUCAAGCCUGCUUCGGCGCAGUCGUCAGAAGCCGACGCCAUCCACCCGCAAGACCGGCCAAAGCCCUCGCCAGACUUUGAAGGUGACACAAAUCCGCAAACAGGCGAGAUUGGAGGUCCCAAAAAGGAGCCCUUGCGGUGGGAAAAGGAGUGGACCUACGGUGGACGAGCAACGGAUUUCUGAAGCAACAGUCAACCGAAGAUCAUACCCUGAAGAUCAGACAGGCGGCCGAACUGUGUCUUGACGGAAGGUAGAGAAAGUAUAGAUGUACAGAAGAGCACUUGAAUGGUACUUUUACGUCGUCGUAGGCAUGAAGUGGUCGUCGUCUUCAGC